GUACUCCUUUUAAAAAGUCCGCUCGCUGUUCAGGUGGUCUCAUCUUCACGUUCGGACAGCGAUUCAACUGCCUCACCAAAUGCACCUCGUCAUAAUGUCAUCGUAAAGAAUCAUUCAAAAAGGAAAAAAGAGUUGGUUAAAGACAACGCUUACUGGGAAAGACGACGAAAAAACAAUGAUGCAGCGAAAAAAAGCCGGGACAGUAGACGUCAAAAAGAAGACGAUCUGGCUUGUCGGGCUGCAACUCUCGAACAAGAGAACAUCAAACUGAGAGCUGAACUCGAACAACUGAAAAAUGAGACAGGUCAUCUGCGAGCAUUGGUGUUAGCUCCACUUACCCUUCACCAUCAAAUCGGUCCGUCUUCGCUUCAUUCAAAUAUGCCAAUGAUAGCCGCACCGUCUGUGAUUACUGCUAAUGAUUUUUGUAACACGUUACCACAAUUACCUUUCGCCCCCACCAGCUCGCAAAGGAAUACAGUCCUCGUGAAUAAUAUGAAGACAUGA